UAAGGUUGGAUUGAGGGUUUUUGACCAAAGAUGGGUGGUUUUUCAUCGUUAAAUUUGUAACUCAAAAUCCAGGUGUUGCAGAAGUAUGCAACGGAAUGAUGCAAACGAUGUGAAGCAGCGUCGUGGCAGCGGUCCGAGGGACCAAAGUGGGCAGUCACCACAACAAGAGUCCGUCCAGCACUAUGUGUUGACUGGCCAGUUACAGGCUAUUACGGGUUCAGGAAGGCAGACCUCGCUAGGUUUGCUUCCCUCAGCAUCCCCAGGCGUGUCCUUGGGAAGCUCCAAUGUGGCAACCCCAGUCAUUGGUUCCAGCACACCUCUCCAGCACCAGACUGUGGUCGUGUCCUCACAAGACCUGGAGCGCAUCUUCACUGCAGGUGCUCCUGGGCCCUCUGCGGUUGCGACCACUCAAUGUCUGUCUGCCCAGUCUCUACAAAGACAGCUAAGUACUCAAG